UUUAGAAUAAGGAGAUUGGAGAUCUUUAUAGGCUUUACAAAUAAAAAUGGAAUUUCAAGAAAAUUUUGAAAAAAAUGAUGAUAUAGAAAAACCAGAAAAGAAAAAUCAAGAGGAUUAUGUUGUUGAUGAAGCUCUUCUUUUUUUAAUUGAUGUUUCUUUAUUACCAGAAACUGAUGAGGAAGUAAGCACAAUUGCAAAAACAGCGCUGAUUGCAGCCUAUAAAAUGCUUAUUUAUAGAGUGAUUUCUAAACCAACAAUUUCAUUUGGAAUAUUGUUAUAUGGAACAAGAGAUACAAACAUAGAAGAAUUUCCAUUAUAUUCUAAUUUAUAUUUGAUAUUAGACUUAAAUGUUCAAAGUGGAUCAUCUAUUAAAAAUUUCAAAAUAUUAUUAUCUGAUGAUGCAAAAGUAUCUAAAAUAAUUAUCCCAACAACGAGACAUGUUAGGCUCUUUAAUAUUUUAGAAUAUGCAAAUAACAUGUUUAAUAAGCUGAAUUCUUCAUAUAAAAUAAAGAGAAUAUUUUUAAUAACUCAUAAUGAUGAUCCAAGCUUAGGUUCUCAAGAAUACAAAAAUUCUACUAUUGCUUCCAUUAGGAAUCUAUCUAAUUCUGGGAUUACAAUAGAACCAUUUUUUAUUAAUGGAAAAAAGAUGUUUAAUUUUGACAACUUUUAUAAAGAUGUAUUAUACAUAUCAAAAAAUAUUGAUAAAAUAGAAAACCAUUUAACGUAUGAAAUACUGGAUCUUGAUCAAAUGGUAGAUACUAUCUUAAAGAGACAGAGUCCCAAACGAUUUCUUUUUGAAUGUCCACUUCAAAUUGCUCCAAAUUUGGACAUUAAUGUUCGUGGUUACAUAUUAUUUAGAAAAAAAGCACCACCCAAGACUCAUAAUGUUUAUAUAAAGUCAGAAGAACCACAAAUUGUUAAAACAACAGUUAAUUAUAUCUGCCAGGAAACGUCUAAUCCUUUAAAAAAUGAAGAUAUUAAAAUGGCAUAUGAUUUUGGUGGAAAAAAAAUCUUAUUUUCUGAAGAACAAAUGAAUUUAUUACAAUUCUACGAGCAAGAUCCUGUCAUUAGGAUAUUGGGUUUUAAGUCAUUCGAUCAAUUGCACUUUUGGGAAAAUGUUCAUCCUUCUUAUUUUUUAUAUCCAAUAGAUAAGAAGAACCUCAAUUCUUCUGAUCUGUUUGCAUCAUUGGCACGUACUCUUUAUAAACUAGAUAAAAUUGCUAUUGCAUGGUUUCGUCCAUACAGAAAUUCAAAUCCAAGAAUAUCUGCAUUAGUUUCCAAUUUUGAUUCUAAUAAAAAAGAUGAUAAUGACGAAUUUCCAAGAGGUCUUUUUGCUAUUAUUUUACCAUUUUUGGAUGAUAUCAGACAAAAUCCAGAACAAACUUCUGCAAAAGCUCCUGAUCCAUUGAUUGAUAAAAUGUCUGAAAUUAUAGAACGCUUAAUGAUUGAUUCAUAUAAUCCAUUGCACUAUGAAAAUCCAGGUAUGCAAUGGACUUAUAAAAAGUUAUCAUCAAUAGUUCUUGGAGAAGAUCCAUACGUAGAUACCAUUGAUAAGACAAUUCCAGAUUAUUAUUUAAUUAAUAAGAAAGCUGGAUCAUUUAUUCUUCAAUGGAAUCAACUUUUAGGAAAUUCAAGUAAUUCAUAUGAAGAAACAUCAUCUUAUCCAUCCAAAAAACAAAGAAUAAAGGCUGAUGAUUAAUUUUCUUCAAAAAUAAAAUUACAAAUAUCUUCUUCUAUUUAUAUG